AUGACCUGGGACCAACGCCAACAUCGUGCAAUCUCAGAGUAUGAGCGGGACGUCAAUUUGGACCAGCAAGUGGAGAAGGAUGAUAAUGAGUGGAUUGAGAAGCUCCUCGCGGCAGAGCAGGCUUCUCCGGAAUUUGAGGGCACCAUCACAAUUGACCUGUCGAUGCCAGCUGCAAAGGAUAUGGAUGACGGGGCUACGGUAGGAAGCGCGGUAAAUAUGGCAGCACUAUUGGAGAACAUGAAAGCGGAUGUCAAUGACCUUUGCACGGAACUAGAGACUGCAGCGGAAAAACUGGCUCAAGCUAAGGAUGCGGAGGCUGCCAAGGAUGCUCGUAUCCUUGAAUUGGAGGCCAAAAUGGCGGCACAAGCAUCGGUCACAGGCAAGCACCGUCUGUCAAGCCCCUCCUCCAGCAAGGCAACAUCAUCGGCUGACAGUGGGGGUGCCCCCCCCGGCGGUGGUCCCUAA